AUGCAUCCUGCUCCCAGUGGUGAUUUCGGCCUCAUUGGUUUGGCCGUUAUGGGCCAGAACCUCAUCCUCAACGCUGCAGAUCAUGGUUUCACUGUGGUAGCAUUCAACCGUACUGUGUCUAAAGUCGACCGUUUCCUAGCAAAUGAAGCUAAAGGCAAAUCAAUCGUCGGCGCCCACUCCAUCGAGGAAUUUUGCGCCAAACUCAAGAGACCGCGUAGAAUAAUGCUUCUAGUUAUGGCUGGCAAACCAGUUGACGAUUUCAUCGAAGCACUCCUCCCCCACCUCGAAGACGGCGACAUCAUCAUCGAUGGCGGAAACUCCCACUUCCCGGAUUCCAACCGCCGCACUAAGUACCUGGCCACCAAGAAGAUACGCUUUGUGGGAUCUGGCGUCUCUGGCGGCGAGGAAGGCGCUCGAUAUGGACCCAGUUUGAUGCCUGGUGGAAACGAGGAGGCAUGGCCGUAUAUCAAGGACAUUUUCCAGAGCAUUGCGGCUAAGAGCGAUGGUGAGCCGUGCUGUGACUGGGUCGGAGAUGAGGGUGCGGGCCAUUAUGUGAAGAUGGUUCACAAUGGUAUUGAGUACGGCGAUAUGCAGCUUAUUACAGAAGCCUACGACAUCAUGAAACGAGGUCUAGGCAUGACCGGCGCAGAAAUGGGUGACGUCUUCGAUAAAUGGAACAACGGCGUCCUAGAUUCCUUCCUAAUCGAAAUCACCCGCGACAUCCUGCGCUACAACGACGACGACGACGUGCCCAUGGUCGAGAAAAUCCUCGAUGCCGCCGGCCAGAAGGGAACAGGCAAGUGGACUGCGAUCAACGCCCUCGAUCUGGGUAUGCCCGUCACUUUAAUCGGGGAGGCUGUCUUCGCUCGCUGCCUCAGCUCUUUGAAAGCGGAGCGUACCCGGGCUAGCGAAGUUCUUCAGGGCCCCACGCCCAACUUCACAGGAAAUAGGCAGGAGUUCAUUGAUAAUUUGGAGCAGGCUCUUUAUGCGUCUAAGAUCAUUUCAUACGCGCAGGGAUUCAUGCUGAUCCAGAAUGCCGCCAAAGAAUACAGCUGGAAACUCAACAAGCCGUCCAUCGCCCUAAUGUGGCGAGGCGGCUGCAUCAUCCGCUCCGUCUUCCUCAAAGACAUCACAAACGCCUACCGCAACAAUCCUGAUCUCGAAAACCUGCUCUUCGACAAAUUCUUCAACAAGGCGAUCCACAACGCCCAGGCAGCCUGGAGAGACGUUGUCAGCAAAGCCGCACUGUGGGGCAUCCCUACUCCAGCCUUCAGUACGGCUCUAAGCUUCUACGAUGGAUAUCGUACACGCGAUCUUCCGGCCAACCUCCUCCAGGCUCAGCGGGAUUAUUUUGGUGCGCACACGUUCCUUAUCAAGCCUGAGUGGGCGAAUGAGAAGCAUCCCGAAGGUCAAUAUAUCCAUGUCAAUUGGACGGGGCGUGGAGGGAAUGUUUCUGCAUCUACGUAUCAAGCAUAG